AUGAAGCGGCCCAUGUAUUUCUUUCUGAGUUACCUCUCCCUUGCAGAUCUUUGUUACACCUCCACUGUGACCCCCAAGUUGAUCACAGACUUGCUGGCAGCAAAGAAGACCAUAUCCUACAACGGCUGCAUGACACAGCUCUUCACCAUGCAUUUCUUUGGGGGGAUCAAGGUCUUCAUCCUCACGGGGAUGGCCUAUGACCGCUAUGUGGCCAUCUGCAAGCCUCUGCAGUACACUCUGAUCAUGACCAGACAGAAGUGCGUGGCCAUGAUCGCUGCUUCCUGCACUGGGGGGUUCCUGCAUUCCUUUGGUCAGUUUCUCCUGGCCAUCUUUGUACCCUACUGUGGCCCCAACGAAAUAGACCAUUACUUCUGCGAUGUGUAUCCGUUGCUGAAACUGGCCUGCACUGACGCCGCCAGAAUCGGUCUCCUUGUCAUCGCCAAUUCGGGCCUCAUGGGCCAGGUGACGUUUGUGGUCUUGUUGAUAUCCUGCGCUGUGAUCUUGUACUCUGUCAGGUCCUACUCUGUGGAGAAUCGCCGCAGAGCUCUCUCCACCUGCAGUUCCCACAUCACUGCAGUGGUUCUCUUUUUCGCUCCUUUAUUCUUCAUUUACAUUUGA